AGGGCUCACCAUGACUGACAAGCACACAUUGACAUACAUGUUCAGCCUCUAAGUCACAGCCUGCUAAUUUGUUAAUCAAGCGAUUCCUAGUCUCUAAAGACCAAGGGGACGGCGACUCGCUUCCUAAGUGGUUAUCUUAUUGGGGAUUCUCGUGCGGUUGACUGUAUUGUAAGUGCAAAUGACCCUAGGACCGGUGGAAGAGAACCUUAAGUGUUGUCCAAGCUCCUGCUGCAUGAGUUCAGCCUUCUGAUGAAAGAGAGUUAUUUUUUGAUCCCCUCUCGAACAUCCAACUCUUCUUUGCGAGGUCAAAAAAGCGGCAGGUGCCAGCUGGAGAAUAAGCGGAGGUCUCUCAUCGUUUGCAUUUAAUCCAUGGAAAUGAAGGCCACCUCCGGAGGUGCGGAAGGCCAGCGUGAGAUCUACCACCAGAAGCCGGAAAAUAAGGAUGAAGAGAAAGCACAACACUCUGAAGACGAGCAGGAAAAGCACAAGGAAAAGAUGGGGAAGAAAACUUUGGCAGAUGUAAUUCAAGAAAUGAAAACUUUCCUGUGGAAUUCAGAGAAGAAAGAAUGUAUGGGAAGAACAGCUCAGAGCUGGGGCUUGAUCUUAUUCUUUUACCUCAUUUUUUACAUGUUUCUGGCUGGGAUGUUCUCCUUUUGUAUGUAUGGCUUGCUGCUCACUCUGAGCCCCUACACGCCUACGUACAGGGACAGAGUCUCGCCGCCAGGAGUAAUGAUUAGACCAUACUUACAUGGAUUUACCAUCGCCUUCAAUGUCUCCGAACCCAGCACAUGGACACCUUAUGUGAACAGCAUGCAUCACUUCCUACAAGCUUAUGAUGACAACGUUCAAGAGGAAAAGAACAUUGAGUGCCCAGCAGGCCAAUACUUUGUUCAAGAUGGCGCGGAAAGCGAAGAGAAGAAAGCCUGCCAGUUCAAGCGAUCACAACUGCAGAACUGUUCUGGGAUUGAGGAUCCCACGUUUGGCUACUCUACAGGCCAGCCAUGCAUCUUGCUGAAGAUGAAUCGGAUCAUAGGCUAUCGACCUGGCUAUGGGACACCUGUGAGCGUGAACUGUGCCGUUCAGAAAGGCAAUGAAAGUGCUCUUAAAUCAGUGGACUUCUAUCCAGGCAAUGGAACAUUUGAUCUCAUGUACUAUCCCUACUAUGGCAAACUCACUCACGUCAACUACACCUCCCCCCUGGUGGCUCUGCACUUCACAGAUGUGAAGAAGAAUGAUUUUGUCCCCAUUCAGUGCAGGCUGAAUGGGGAAGGAAUUGUGAAUGAUGUGACUAAUGAUCGUUUCCUGGGCCGAAUCACCUUUACACUCAACAUCAGAAUGUAGCCCACGCAAACAUUCACCAAGCACUUUUUUUUAACUCUUUGUGGCAAUCAGGUGCUUUUUCCACUCCACCUUUUAAACAUAACGUCAGAAUAGAGCACCGCUUCUGUUAGGGAAACAGACACAUGGUUUCCGAUGCAACUGAGACAUGUCUUUAUUGGAUUUUUUAUAUAUAUAGCUAGAAACAACCGCCAUGUAAUAUAGACUGAGGAGCUACAUUUUUAAAAUGUAAAUGCCUAACAAAUCUUAUUGGCAGUAUAGAUCCAGUCUUGUAACUACAGGUAGAGGGCCCUGGUCAAACAUUUCAAUAUUGAUUUUAAAUACUUACAGGACAUUUUAAUACGAUUUUCAUAGGAUCACUUCAAAAGAAACAUUCCUGACCCUAUAUUUUACUUUUUAUCAUAUUUUUAAGUACAUUUCCCAGGUAGAAACGACAUGACUCAGUAGUGUAGGGGACUCCCACAGUCUUUUGGGUUACAUGUGUAAAACCAAUAAAAAUAAAGUAAAAUGGCCCAUCUCAGAAUUCCUGGAACCCAGGAGCCCUGACACUGUGGCUGGGGACAUCAGCCCAACUCAGCACAGCAGCAUUUGCAGUGGUAGCUUCAACCAUGUCUUGAUACAUGUAAGAUACUGGCUGCAAUUGGAAAGAGGAAGCCAUAAUAAGGAAUAAUUGUCAUUUAUGAAUCUUUAGGACUGUUCCCUCCACCUUUGAGCUGAGGAUAAACACAUUCCCCCCUCCCCUCUUUAAUACACUCCUUCCCCUCUCUCCGCAUGGCUCUUUGAAUCCACCAGACUGACAGGAGCUUCUCUCUCUUAGACCCCCAGCAUGUCAGACUGGCAGGAAGAGAUUGCUAGGAAACAAGGGUCUCCUUCCACCCAGCCCAGAGCUGGGAACUGAAGCUCUCUGUAUAGCCAUGCAGAGUACAGCUCACUGCCCCCAAACUUUUCAAAUCCUUCAUCCCUCAGUGCCCAAAAGAUCACAGUGAUAAUGUCCUUAAAAGCCAGAGAGUUGUGAGAGAACAUGUAGCCAUUUCUCUUUAUGGGUGAAAUUAACAGUGUGAUCUCAUUCUUAAUGUGCUGUGUGGGAUUUUUGUGUGACUGGCCAGUUGGUUAACCAGGCACUAUCACUUCAGCAUUCAGAAUUCUCACAAUAAUUCGUUUCACCCACAGCUGUUUAGAUCAACCUCACGGAAGUUGAAAUUGAAAUGUUUCUUUUGUUGUGCUUGCACCCCCUGAUUUAUCAUUGCAAGAGUGCUGGGCUAGGCAGUUUGUUUAUAUGGGGUUGCUUGGGAGUACACGACUGUCAAUGUUGCUUUGUUACUUUAGGAUUGAUCAAGAGUGCUGGGCUACGACCUUUGGUUUGUUAGUGCAGGGCUUAUCAUGAAUGCUGCGCCCCGCUACUGGUAUUUUUAAAAGAAAGUUCGGCCCUAUACAGUUACUGUAAAAAUGAUGUGUGUGGGGGGUGGGGUGGGGGGGAGGGAUUCCAAUUCAUUCACUGAUUUCUGUUUGCAAGAUAAAAGAGAAAUGGGUAUUUUUGUCUGACACUCCUGCAAAUUCACAUUGAACUCUGACCCUUCAGCUGAGUCUUUCCAUUUUGCACACCUGUGUAACCCUAUUGUCUUCAGAUCAUGCUCAUAAUGACACCUGUGCAACCCUGUUAACCUUAAGUGGGCUAACAGCCUUCCUCCCUUAGUUCUCACCCUGUUUUACUCAUUGGGGCUCUUUCUUCUGGUAAAUCUGUGGCAUACAUGACAGAGGAAUUUACCACUGGGAUUCUCUCCCCCUCAGUAUUCCUAGGAUAUGUACUGAUGUAUUACAGAGUGACUUACAGAUCUGGCUCCUCUCCCACUUCUGUUUCAGCAUGAUGAGAAAGAGAGAUUUUGGCUCAGGUAAUAUGGGACUGCAUAGGCAGCAAUGCCCAAUGUUUCCCUCUCUGCCUGUGAUGCUCUAGAAACGGAGUCCAAGUUUGGUAGCGCUCUUGCAGAAGCUGGGUACAUUCUUAGCUCAGAGUUUCCAAGUUUGAGAAACGUGGUCACUUUGAGACAGAGAGUCUUAAAAGAACCUUUGUGACAUUACACCCGGCCCAGAGGAUCCCAUCACUUACCCCCCGCUGUCCUCACAGGAAGAUUUCACAUGGAUUUGAAGCCUUCACUGCAGGUGAAGAGGGCUGAAUGGGCUCUUCCUGGGCUGCAUGAGUGCUGUUCCUGGAGACUAGCUGGGAAUCGUUCUGCAAGCCAGCACAACAGCUCCUACAGGCUACGUGGAAGUCAUUGGGUUCCUAGAUUGGCCAGAAGAAUCACUGCAAUAUGGGGUUAAGUACUUCCUCUUCCCCAUCUCCUGCACAGAAGCUUAAGGACUGGAUGUCUGGGCUUCUUACUUGGCUACGAGCAGGUGGUGUAUGCUCUAUGCACGUGAGGAAAUAUUUCUUUGCUCAUUCCGAUCACCUUCUCACACCAGCAAUUGGAGCUUGAUUAUUGCCAGCAUCUGUUGCUGUGACAAUUUACCCAUCCCUCCUUUUUCAACCAUUAGUCUUAAUUUAAUAUACUUUAUAGCCAUCCACCUGUCAGUGUGGUUGGAGUACCCACCCUGGGAACAGGGCAUGGCCUUCACUACAGCCACCUGUACAGUACAGGCCACCCUUGUUACAGCAAUACAACAUAUUAUUGAAUGAGUUUGCACUGUCUCCAUUUCACUGGCCCCCAUUUAGGAAUGAUUUUUUUAAAAAAUGUGUACAGUCUAUGGUAUGUGUGAUGAAUGGAAUCACUCAGCCCAUUUUCUUAGGUCCAGACUUUACAGGCUUGAGGCGGUACCUGGAGCAGACUUGUUGGGGGGCUUAUUUUUUUAUCCUUUUACUUUCCUGGUUCUUUUUGCAUGAACAGAGAGCAAUAAUACCUGAAGUUUGACAAGGCAAACAAUUUGAUGUUUAUUGGGGUGAACUUUUAGCAAGCAUGAUUUUAGUUUUUUUUCUUAGUGUUUCCCUUUUCAGCUUUGAUAUCAUAGAGCCUUGCCUGGG